GCGUCCGGGCGGGCUCUGGGCCGCACGGCGGUGGCAGACCCCGCGAUGGCCCAGGAGCGGGGAUCGGAGGCCCCCGCGCCUCCGGGUUCUCAGACACUUCUGGAUGCCCUGCUCCGGAACCUCUACGACUUCGGGGAGACAGAAGAUGAGGCAGAACAGAAAAGGAUCAGAAAGAAGGGAGAAAACAAGAGGAGAGAUGUAGGGACUCCAGUGACCUUGUCAGCAGACCCAGCUCCUGUACCUGGUUCUCCCGUGAGAGGCCGAAGGAAGAGAGUCUCCAGCUUCUUCAAGGAACUCAGGGAAGAGCUGCAGGGUGUUCCUGCUGUGACCCCCACCAGCUCUCCUUCAGGACCAGACGCCCCUAGUGCUACGGCAUCUCCCUCAACACUGAGGAACAGCAGGGAGCGAGUACAAGUGAUAGAAUUUCACAGCAGAAAUAAAAAAAGGAAAGGGAAGCCGGAUCAAGAUGAGAACACACAGACCAAAACUAAUAUCCUUGGGAACGAUGUGGAUAGACAAGAAUUUAACUUAGAGAAGGCUCGCUUGGAAGUGCACCGGUUCGGGAUCACGGGUUACGGAAAAGGAAAGGAAAGAGUCCUGGAACGGGAACGUGCCAUAAUGCUGGGUGCUCAGCCUCCCAAAAAUAGUUAUGUGAAUUACAAGGUCUUGCAGGAGCAAAUCAAAGAAAAAAAGGCAGCAAAAGAAGAAGAAAAGAGAAUGGCCCAGGACACAGAUAUUUUCAAGAAAAAGAAGAGGAAAGGGCAGGAAGACAGGAGAGCCAAAAAGAAGAAAUCAGCUCCCAGCAUUUUGUCAAGUGGACGGAUUGGACAGGUUGGAAAAUUCAAAAAUGGGACACUGAUUCUGAGCCAGGUUGACAUCAAGAAAAUAAAUUCCUCCUGAGUGGCUAAGUGAAGUACUUCGUGACAUAGAGGAACUCUGUACUGGAACUGGACCCCUAUGAGACUUCUAGAUUAUUCUUAAUUUAUUUCAUAUUUUAGAGACUGCUUUUCUGUUUUAGGGGAAAACGUCAAGUAGAAAUAAUAAAAUUUGUACCGGUGA